GGCGGCCGUCGGCCUGUUGCGCCGCAGCCCGGCCUUCACCUCUGGCGGGGCCCCGGAAGGCUCUGGGCGGUGCGGGCGGCUGCGCGCCCUCCGGGUCGGGCGAGGGCCGCUUGCGCAACACGGCGAAGGGAGGCCGGCCCUUCCCGGAUCCGAGGAGGACGCCGCCCGCCGCGCCACCGGCGGACCCACCCGGGACUCGCCCCGAUCGCGCCGGCAGGCAGGACGGAGCCCCAGGCCGCCCAGCAGCCGCCCCCUCGACCGCCCCCCUCCUCGGCCAGCUCUCGCGGGGCAGGGCGAGGAGGGGGGCGGCGGCGGGGGGGGGAGUUGUUUCUGGCCGCUCCCCGCCGGGCUCUGGGCUGCUGCGGAAGGGAGGGCGGGCUGCUGGGGCCGCGGGACCCGGGCGAGGCAGCGCAGGGUUGGGCCCCCUCCACGGCUGGGCAGCUGCUGGCCUGACCGGACUGGAGCGCUGCGGGGAGAGCCCAAAGCAGCCUCCUCCCGCCGGCUCAGGGGCUGCAAGAAAAGCGGACCGGGGAGCCGGGCCUGGCCUCAGUGCUCUGGCCGGUGGCAGCCAUGGACAUCUACACCCCGACACCCCUGGAAGUCCUGAAUGGGACAGACGUGCGCCUGAAGUGCACUUUCCACAGCGAUGUCCCUCCUGGGAAACAGGUGACCGUGACCUGGAACUUCCGACCCCAGACAAGUGGCCCAGACCAGAAUGUAUUCUACUACCAUGAAGAGCCGUACCCCCCGACCACGGGACGCUUCUCUGGCCGAGUGACGUGGGACGGCAACAUCCACAAGAGCGACGCUUCCAUCAUGCUGUGGAAUGUGAACCCGGCCGACAACGGGACUUUCCAGUGUCACGUCAAGAACCCCCCUGAUGUGGGUGGGAACAUUGGGGAGAUCCAGCUGGCCGUAGUCCUGAGAGUGUCUUUCUCGGAGAUCCACAUCUUGGCCGUCACCAUUGGCUCUGCCUGUGCGCUCAUGAUCGUCAUUGUGGUGGUCGUGGUGGUCUGCCAGCAGCGGCGAAGGAAGCGACGAGAGAAGAACGUGGAGAUGGUGGAGACAGAAUGUAACAGGUCAGAGAAGGAGAAGUUGAAGAGCAGUGAGCCGCAGGAGGCUGUGCUGGGGCACGCAGAGAGAGUCUGAAGCACUGCCUUCUCUGCCCUCCAUGCCCCUGGGACUGGGCAGCUGGUUCUUUGGACUGCUCCAUUAGCAACAGCCGCUGCCGCCAGCCUGUCGUGCCUGGGCAUUUGGGCAGAGGACAGCCUGACUGCCAAGGUCUGCUUUUCUGGAAGAACGUCCAUUGACCCAGGAGGAAAGAGAUGCCCCAGCCUGCAAAGGACACUCUCCAGCUGGUGACGGCUCUGGCCGGCCAGCCAAGCUGCAGGAGGCCCAGCUGGUCCUCAUGACUCUUUGCUUCAUCACUGGCUUCUUUUGGCCACUGUGUGCCCAGAUGCUAUGUAAACACAACCUUGCCUGCUCCAGAACUGCUCCAGCACAAGUGAGAUGGACUUGCUCCUUUUUCUAGAGACAACUCCAUGAGAACUACUGUGGGACAGAGUCUGAGCUCCACGCCCUCUUCCCAGCCAGCCAGCCAGGCUACUGUGAUGGCGGGGGAGGGGCAGGUUUCUCUCCCCAGGAGGGUGGUGUGUAGGUGGCUGCCCUUCAGCUAGCCUUUUGGUCACGACUUCUGUUGCUGCUCUUUGCUUCUUCAGCUCCACCCCCCCUCCUUCAUCAACACGAGGUCCCCAGUCUGAGCUCACAGUGGAGGCUGGAAACUGGGGAGUGGAGGCUUCCGGGGGGGUGGGGUGGGGUGGGGUGGGGGGAGCGCAGGUCCUGUUCUUUGUGUGUCGAAUCCUGCUGUCAAAUCCCAAGUAGGACUUUCAAGGCAGGAGAUGUUGGGAGGAGGUUUCCCUUUGCAUUCCUCUGGAUAGGGACCCUGGUGGUCUCUCAGGGCUGAUCUUGUUUAGCCUCUGAGAUCUGACAAUAUCCAGCUAGUCUGGGAUUAACCAGGUCAGUCGGGGCCGUGCCCUCUCUCUCAUAUUUGUACGAGUCAAUGGCCAGAGACCUUCUCUUAAAGGUGAGGCAUUCCAGCAAUGCGGCCUCUCUAUCCUGGCCCUCUCAGGAACAGACACCAGGCCUGUUCUUUGCAAAUCCAGCUUCUGAAUGGGAGCAGCCACGGACUGGCAUCCCCUCCUGGUCCACAGCCGAGGCUUCCCCCCCACCGGGAGACACUGGAGAGCUUCUGAAAAAAAAAAUCUCCAACUGUAUUCCACCCCCACCCCCCAGCCAAAGUCUUAGAAGAGCCUGUCAGCCCUGGCAACGGAAGAGGCGCGAGGAGCGCAAGCACAGGGGACUAAGCACAGGAUUUAUGGAGGAGAAGUCGAUUUAUGGCUACCAAUCUUGAUCCUCUUUGAUCUUAGAUUGCAAAUGCCUUAACAGACCAGGUGCUCAGGGGGAGCAGCAGCAGCAGAAGGCCAUUGCUUUCACAUCCUACAUGUGAGCUCCCAAAGGCACCUGGUGGGCCACUGCGAGUAGCAGAGAGCUGGACUAGAUGGACUCUGGUCUGAUCCAGCUGGCUUGUUCUUAUGUUCUUACUGUGGGGCAGGAAAGAGGGCACCGAGUUCUCCUGCACACCCUUGACUGCCAGCGCCUCUGUGCUGAGGGCAGCAAUGAGGGGGCACAAGAGACCCCCACAACUGGUGGGCUGCUGCUGCUGCUGCUGCUCAGGAUGGCUGAGGCCCCCUUCUGAGGAGUUCACUGCAGUUGGUGGGCUUACACGGGUGUAAUUCUGCUCAGGAUGGAUCUGUGGAGGCUGCUCUGUCACCCUGCUGGGAAGCACCACCAGUGUUCUCCACCUGUCCAACCACCUAGCCUGCCGGGGACUGCAGGGUUGAAGCCUGGGGGGGUGGGGGGGUGUCUGGGGCUCCCAGGGGACCGUGCUGUGGCGCAGCUGUACACAGGCGGACGCCGCUGCCUCUGCCCCAGCCGUGCUCCCCCCCCCGGGGGACUGCUGCUGUUCUUUCGCAGGGCGGCCGGUCGGCGGGGGGGGCGGGGGUGGUGUCUGCCGGCGUCGGUGCCGCCGCGUCUUUCCGAGGUGCCGGAGUUUUGUACGCGCGUCGGAGAAUAAAGGCUGUUGUUGAGCGCC